UGUUUUGCUCAUUAUCUCAUUAAUUUGUUAAUAAUUAGCCUCUAAUUAGCAACAAAUGUCAGGGAAAUAAGAAUAUUUGACAUAGAAUGAAAUGAAACAAAGUAUAAGACGAAAUCAAACACAACAUCUUCUUGCAACUGCUAAAAAUGAACUUUAUUCAAACCUAUAUAUAAAUUAUGAAAACUUGGAAGAAAUUCCAAGAGAGGUUUUGGAGAUUAAUUCAAUCCAAGGUCUAUUUCUCAAACGCAAUUUAUUGAAAACAUUGCCAGCAGAUUUAUGGAGGUUAACAUUCCUCAAAACACUGUACCUACCAUCAAAUAAACUCACCUCGCUUCCAGAUGAAAUCGGGAAAUGCGAACAUUUGGAGAAUCUCAAUGUUGAUGAUAAUUUUUUGAAAUCUCUUCCAAAGACAAUCGGAGAGUUAAGGAAGCUGCAAAAAUUGCAAGCAUCUAACAAUGAGCUUGAAGUUAUUCCACCAGAAAUUGGUCAACUAAAAUCAUUGGAAGUUCUUGAAUUAAUGAAGAACAGCAUAAAAUAUCUUCCAAAUGAGCUGUCAGGAUGUAGCAGACUGAGAUCCCUAUUUGUUGGCUCAAACAAGGUUGAAGAAAUACCUGCAGAUCUUCUCAAGCUGUCUAGUCUUGAAGACCUAUCCCUAAGUAAAAAUGCUAUCAGUCAUUUGCCACAUGACUUGGAAAGACUAAGCCAGUUAAAGUCAUUGGUUAUGGACAGCAAUCAAGAUUUGAUAGUUUUUCCAGCAGCAGUGUUGCAAAUUUCAAAUCUUCAAACUCUAGGAAUGCAAGGGUGUGGUUCUAAGCAUUUUGGAAAAAGCAAUCAAGAAAUAUUGGAACACUAUCUUAAACUGCAAGGAAUGAAAAAUAUUGUAGGAAAUGUGUUACCACUUUUAGAGUUGUGUCUUCGAAAGGCACCUCAAAUGAAACAUGAAUUGCUUCCAAAAAUGCUGCAAACAUUUCUUGAAACACCAAAAGGGCACUGUUACUUUUGCAAGCAGAGAUAUUAUUUGAAUGCAUUCUUUCAACUUUGUAACAGUCUUGAAACACAACUUGUCACUUUGAUGGAAGACAAGUUAUUCUGUCAGAUUGAUAAAACUAACUGCUGUUUUGUUUUUUGCUUUUGUUCAUACAAUUGCUUUGAAAGUACUUUUUAUAUGAACUAGUUGUAUGAUAACAAAUAGUUGAAAAGUGCCAAUGAUUUUAGCUAUUCAUGGUUAAUAUUGCCAUUCAACAUUUAUAAUGAUUUAGUUAUUUUUAGUAUAAAGCUAAAUUCA